AACAGAAAGAAGGCAAGCUGCCACACAUACACAGGCACACACACAUACAGACGUCAAUAGUGUAAAACGCAGCGUAGGCAAACAAAGGGUGAGAGAGCAGCGCGCUCGCUUGCACACAUUACGUGCGCAACUGGUGUGGGAACGAGACGGCGCAGGUAGCAGCGCAAUAUUGGAGUGCGAGUGCCAAAUGUCGCAUGAAAUUACAACACUGGUGUGAAAGACGAACGGCAACAACAACAAGCAGGCAGGCAGGCAAGCUAGCUAGCUAGCAAGAAGAAGCAGGAACAUAAACAAAACCAAAACAAGUACAAAACGGGCGCCGGUUACAGAGUGACAACCAUCAACCCCACCCCUCCCCACACAUAUUGAAUGCAAAAAUGCUGCCAAGCAUGCAGACAACAACAACAACAAACAACAACAGAUGUCAUGUGGAAACGGCACGGGAUGUGGCCCAUGUGGAAUACGAUGUUAUCAAUUACUACACCCAAACGAAUGUGAAUCCGAAUUUGUGUCCCAAUCUGGAUGCACUGCACCAGCAACGCUGUUCCCGUAUCAACAACAACAACAAUAACAACAACAGCAGCAGCAAUAGUAGUAAUACAAAUACAUUAUUGGAUGUUGUUGUUAAUGCGAGAGCGGCGCGCGAGGAUUCCACUGCCACGCCCACACAACAACAACAUCAACAUACCAGCAGCAACAGCAGCUCCUCGUCGCCUACAAUGCGUAACGGUUUUGGCAACCGUCUACGGAGCAUCGGCAAAGGCACAAGCAAUGCAAGCUCCGGUGCCAAUUCCAGUUCCACACCUACGUUGGGUGUUAAUAUGCGUGUAACGGGACAGUGCAGUCAGGGCGGUCGCAAAUAUAUGGAGGAUCAGUUCUCGGUUGCAUAUCAAGAGUCACCGUUGACCCAUGAAUUGGAAUACGCAUUCUUUGGCAUCUAUGAUGGACAUGGCGGCACCGAAGCGGCCCUCUUUGCCAAGGAGCAUCUCAUGCUCGAGAUUGUCAAGCAGAAGCUGUUUUGGUCCGAUAACGAUGAGGAUGUGUUGCGGGCGAUACGCGAAGGCUACAUUGGCACACACUUUGCCAUGUGGCGCGAGCAAGACAAAUGGCCACGCACUGCGAAUGGACAUCUGAGCACCGCCGGCACCACAGCCACCGUGGCGUUUAUGCGUCGCGAAAAGAUUUACAUUGGCCAUGUGGGUGACUCGGGCAUCGUGCUGGGCUAUCAGAAUCCCAACGAGCGUCGCUGGCGAGCGAAACAGCUGACAACGGAUCACAAGCCCGAAUCGGUGGCGGAGAAGAGUCGCAUUCAGCGUGCCGGCGGACAAGUGGCCAUUAAAUCGGGUGUGCCACGCGUCGUUUGGAAUCGUCCCCGAGAUCCGAUGCAUCGCGGCCCCAUCCGUCGACGGACCAUUGUCGAUGAUAUACCGUUUUUGGCUGUGGCCCGUUCUCUGGGCGAUCUCUGGAGCUAUAAUUCGCGCUACAAAGAGUUCGUUGUUAGUCCCGAUCCGGAUGUUAAAGUGGUUAAAAUUGAUCCCAACACGUUUAGAUGCCUUAUUUUUGGCACGGAUGGUCUGUGGAAUGUGGUGUCGCCACAGGAGGCUGUCGAUUCGGUGCGGGAGAAGCAUUUUAUUGGCGAGUGCCUGCACGAGCAGGACGUCAUGAAUCCCAGCAAGGCCCUUGUCGAGAGGGCCCUCAAGACCUGGGCAAGCAAAAAGAUGAGGGCGGACAAUACAUCCGUUGUAACUGUGAUACUCACGCCAGCUGCAGCUGCAACAACUUCAACAAGUGCAACAAGUGCAACUGCAACUGCAACAACAACUGCAACUGCAACUGAAAACAUAGAUUUGCUGGUGGAUACAGAGAACAAUUAUCCAUCUGAAUUGGAUGAGCUGGUCGAGGAUGAGCAUGAUGAACUGAAUAUGGAGCUGUGCGCCGCCAACAUUGAGGAGCAAGAGUAUCUGCAUGACACACCUUACAGUGCCUUGGCCAAGCGGCAUUUGCCUCCGGAGCCUUAUCGCAAUUUCGACUACUACAUUGAGGAGCAGCAGUUGCAGCUACUCGAAGAGGCAGAGGAGCAAGAACAGGAGGAGGAGGAGGAGGAACAUGAACACGAUGACGAUGACGACGACGAGGAGGACGAGGAGGAGGAGACGGAGGGGGGCGUGGUGGAGGUGGAGGAGGAGCAGUUAAUGCAACAGCAAAACGCAAACUGGCGAAAAUCACUGCAACAAUCGAUUGCCAACUGGCAUCAAACAUCAAUGAUGCGGGAAAUAGACGCAAUGCUGCAGGUGGCCCAUGAUGAGGAGGAGACGACUAUGACGACGACGACGACGACGGUGGCGGCGUCGGCGUCGGCAGAGGCGGAGGCUGAGGCGGAGACAGAACUAUAUUGUGGCAACAGCAACAGCUGUGAAUUGGAGCACAAUUAUAAUAGUUGCUAUGUCAGCAGCGCCUCGGUGAAUGGCAGCACGGAGGAAUACAGCUUUGCGGAGUCAUACAAUACGCUGCUAAACGAACAGCAGCAGCAGCAGACAACAUCAGCAACAACAAUCGCAACAGCAAUCACAGCAGCAACAGCUGCAGCUGCAGCACCAGCAGCAGCAACAUCAACAGCAGCCAGAGAAGGAGCAACAGCAGGAACAGUUGUUGACAGCAUGCAGGAGAUCUUGCAGGAGCAGCAGCGUUAUCAGCAACAAGAGGGCUACUCACUCACACAGCUGGAAACGCGACGCGAACAGCAGCAGCAGCACCAGCACCAACACCACCACAACCAAGUGGACAACAGCAACAGGUGGCAGCAAGAGCAGCAACAGCAACAGCAGCAGUCGACAGCCACUUAUGUUGAGCAGCCGGUGGAGCUCUUGGCGCUUAAUGCGCUACUGCAGCAGGAGCGCGAUGAGGAGCAGCAGGUGGCAUUGGAACGGGAGCAGAAGCAACAGCAGCAACAAUUGUUGCUGGUUGAGGCAAGCAGCUCUAGUUGCAGUUCCAAUUCCAGCGCCAGUUGCAGUCCAUCCAGUUGCACUGUCGAAACUCAGUUUGCCUAUGCCACUGCUAGCUGGAAUGCCAGCAAUGUGGCAACGCUGCAGGACAAUGAAGUUAGCUCAACGCUACCGGCGACGCCGACGCCGAUGUCUACUAGCAACAGCAGCAGUGCUGAAGAAGCGCAGCCAAUGGAAAGCCAACAGGAUCAGCAGCAGCAGCAACACCAACAACAACAACAACAAAUGACGUCAUCACAUCCGUCGCGGAUCAGGCGACAAAUGCGUCGCUAUCGAAAUGUGCCCAAUGAGAAUCACCAACAUAUGCAAACGCGUCGCCGACAGAUGUUCAAGCAUAGCAGCAAAAGUAAGGCUUACAGCGCUGCAGCAGCGUUUGUUGCUGCCUACAGCAGCAGCAACAACAACAGCAGCAGCAGCGCUGAAGUUUUGCCUAGCAGCAACAGCAGCAGCAGCAGCAAUAAUGUCAAAAGCGACAUCAGCAGCAGCAAAAAUAACAGCAGUAACAGCAGUAACAACAGCAGCAGCAGCAACCGCAAACGUCGACGCAGCGUCGUCAACAGUGGCAACGGCAGCAGCAGCAGCAGCGCUGUUAUGAUGACGCGUCGCAGUCACAGCCUAAGUUUGGCCACUGGCAGCGGCGUCAGCAAGCGUCAACUGCGCAGCAGCAUCUGUCAGCUUGGCAAUUUGGAUAUGACAAAGCGCACGCUGCGAACGCGCAAUGUGACGCCAGCGGCGAACAGCGGCAGCAGCAGCAAUAACAAUAACAACAACAGCAACAGCGGCAGCAAUAUCAACGCCAGCAAAUCCGCACACACAUUCAAUAAACCAGCAACGCCAGCAGCGAUGCCAGCAACAGGAGCAACAUCAACAGGAGCAACAGCAAAAACAGCAGCAGCAGCAGCAGCAACAUCAGUUGUUGUACGACGUUUGCGUCAGAGCAAUGAGGAGCGCGAACAGCGACGCAGCCUGCGGCGCAGUACUUUAAGCGCCAGCGGCAGCAACGCCAACAUCAGCAGCAGCAGCAUCAGCAGCAGCCCAUUAGGCAAGCCGACGCGACUGCAGUCGUGCAGCGGCGGCAUUGCAGCGCGGCCACCGCCAGCGCCAAAGAAAUUGAAUGCGGUUGUGCCGACGCUGGCAAUUGGUACGCGUGCUUAUACAGCGGCUCUGGCUGCGGCAGCGGAUUUAAGCAAGCGCUGGUCUCUGCGCAGCAGCAGUGCGAAUGCAAAUGCGAUGGCAACACUGGUCACAGCCAUCAGCUGUUAUAGCAGCAGUGCGCGCAGCCGAACAGCACCGACAACGACGCGUCGGCGUUAAGAACUGUAAUGGAAUGGGAAUGGCAAGGGAAGGGAAAGGGAAAGGAAUGUGUGGAGCAGCUUGGCAGUGAAAAGUGGACUGGCGUUGCCAGCGCGUUUCAAAAUUUCUAGUACAAAAUGUUAAAAAUAAAGCAACCUAAAUAAUUAAUGAAAAGUGAUUGAAGUGAGAGCGAGAGCGACAGCGAAGGCUUAUUGAGAAGUUGGUUAACUUAUGUUAUAUUGGUAUAAGAAACCAAAAUACACAAAAUCAGAAUUAAGUUAAGUUAAGUUACACACCACACAUAACACACGUAUAUAUAUAUAUAUAUAUAUAUAUAUAUAUAUAUAUUAUUUAAAAGCAUAGCGAUUAAUUUAAAAUAUAUUGUAAUAAGCUAACUCUUAACCAUAUCGCACUCAUUCUACAAAAGUGUAAGAUUUGUAAAUUAUGCUUAUAUUUGUUAGAUUUGCGUAAAAAGAACCAUCAACACUUACAAUGCAAUAUUUACAGUUAUUACAUUUUAGUAGAAUGUAUUCGAUAUUAAUACAGAUAUAGAUUUAUGCACAUUUUUUUAUGGUCAUCUUUUGUGUGCGUCUCUUUAAAGAAAGCUUUAAGCGAUUAAAUAAUUUUUUUUUUGUUCCAUUUACAAACAUCAUGUAUUGAAUUAAGUUGUCAAAAGUAUUUAUUUA